UAAUUUUAUAGUUAAAAUAUGUAUUGUCAGGAAAAUUUUUCAAAUUCAGCCUAUGAUCAGAAAAAGGAAAUGAUCAUUGAUCUUCGAAGUGAUACUUUAACAAAACCAACUAAAGAAAUGAGAGAAGCAAUGUUCAAUGCUGAUGUUGGUGACGAUGUUUUUAAUGAAGAUCCAACAGUAAAAAAAUUACAAGAAGCAGCUGCUGAAAUGGUUGGAAUGGAAAGUGCAAUAUUCGUAUCCUCUGGAACUAUGGGAAACUUAAUUGCAAUCAUGAACCAUUGCGACGUACGUGGAAGUGAGGCAUACUGUGGCGAAUCUGCUCAUUGUUUAUUGUGUGAACAGACCGGUGCUUCCCAAAUCGCAGGAGUGAACCUAAGAACGAUACGAAACAAUAUCGAUGGCUCCUUUGAUCUUCGCGAACUGGCAUCGAAGUUACGUAAAAACAGAGAACACGAUCCUAUUUCCAAGCUUGUACUCGUAGAGAAUACAUUUAAUGGAAAAAUUGUUCCGCAAAGCUGGCUCGAGGAAUUAGUGUCACUGUGCAAGGUACGUAACCUAAAGAUGCACAUGGAUGGGGCCAGGUUGUGGAACGCUAGCAUAGCAUCAGGAGUACCUGCAGCAAAAAUUGUCUCAGGCUUUGAUUCUGUAUCUUUCUGCAUCAGCAAAGGUCUAGGUGCUCCUGUAGGUUCCCUUCUCUGUGGAACUAAAGCAUUUGUUGCUAAUGCAAGAAGAAUAAGAAAAGUUCUUGGUGGUGGUAUGAGACAGGUUGGCGUUCUUGCUGCAGCUGGACUUGUAGCUUUUAAGCACAUUCCAAACUUGGCGAACGAUCAUAAAAGAGCUUUCGCUCUUGCCUCUGCAAUAAAUGAAAUUCGAUCGUCAAGGUAUUCGGUUAAUUUAUCUACUGUACAAACCAAUAUGGUUUUCGUAGACAUUGAUUCUAAAGUCGCUAACACAGAGACAUUCGUUCACUGUUUGCAAGAUGGCGAUGAGGACAAAGUCAUUGUAAAAUGUAUAGCACUGAGUGAUUCGCAAGUCAGAUUUGUAUUUUCUCGCGAAAUUACAGACCACGGAUUGGCGUUGGCUAUUGAAAAAAUUACACGUGUCAUUCGAAGACUGGAUCCUAACCUUUAA